AGUUUUAUUUAAAUCACAUUUGAAUCAAUUCUCUUGAUCCAGUACAAUUUUGCUCACACCCUACUUGCAUGCACCUCCAUGCAAGUGAACUGUUAUGAGCUUUGAGAUUCUUUUCUUUUAUAAUGCUUCAAUGUGAAAAGCUCUAGCAGUGAGUUGUGAAAGCUUGGGAAGCGAUGGACAUUUUAUCUUUCAUUUCGAUCAAAAUUACGUUGCUCAGUUUCUUCACCAGAUUCUCUGUUGGAAUCGACAGCUUUACCUCCUCAGAGUCUUUAAGUGAUGGCAGGACCUUGGUUUCCAGAGAUGGAAUCUUUGAACUGGGUUUCUUCAGACCUGGAAGCUCCAUGAAUCGUUACUUGGGAGUAUGGUACAAGAAAAUCCCUGUCCGAACUGUUGUUUGGGUUGCAAACCGGCGCAACCCAAUCAAUGACUCAUAUGGUAUGCUGUUGUUCAACAGCAAAGGCAAUCUUAUGCUGUUCAGUCGAAGCAACGGUGUUGUUUGGUCCACAAACUCAACAAAGAUAGCUCGAAAGCCAAUAGUACAGCUCUUGGAUUCUGGAAAUCUUGUCAUAAGAGAUGAAAGUGGUGAUGGUAAUUCAGAAAGAACUCUUUCGUGGCAAAGCUUUGACUAUCCAACUGAUACUAUUCUACCAGGGAUGAAGUUGGGAUGGGACUUGAGAACUGGUCUUGAUCGCCGUUUGACAGCAUGGAAGAGCUCUGAUGAUCCAUCUCCUGGAGACUUCACUGUUGGCGUCGAGCUAAAUAAUUACCCUGAUUUUGGUUCAUGGAAGGGUACAAAGAAAUACUAUCGGACAGGCCCCUGGAAUGGCCUCGGAUACAGUGGUACACCCUUGCUAAGGCCUAGUCUUCUUUUUCAGUUCGAAUUUGUAUGGAAUAAUGACGAGGUGUACUUCGGAUUUCACCUCGGCAAUCAAUCAGCUAUCAUGAGGUAUGUUUUGAACCAAACCGUCUAUCAGGGCCAGGGCUACUUUUGGAUUGAAGGAAGUAGAAGUUGGAUGCUUUCUACUUUUCCACCGACGGAUUUCUGUGACAACUUUGGACUCUGUGGUGCAUAUGGGAUUUGUGACAGUGCUGAAGCGCUACCUUGUCAGUGUUUGAAAGGAUUCAAGCAUAAAGCUUCACGGUAUUGGGACUCCAUCAACUGGUCUCAAGGAUGUGUGCGCAAUAAGCCAUUAGACUGCCAGAAGGGAGAUGCAUUUAUCAAAUUUGGUCGAUUGAAACUGCCAGAUACAGAACAUUCUUGGGUAGACAAAAGCAUAGGUCUCAAAGAAUGCAGGGCUAAAUGUUUACAGAACUGUUCUUGUAUGGCCUACACAAACACAGAUAUAAGAGGACAAGGAAGUGGCUGUGCCAUUUGGUUUGGAGAUCUGAUUGAUAUCAAACAGUUUCAAGAUGGUGGGCAAGAACUAUACAUUCGAAUGUCUACUUCUGAAGCAGAGCCAAAAGGUCAGGUUAAAAUGAAGCAAGCAGUCAUACCUCCAACUGUCAUUUUCUUAAUUGUUGGUUUGCUUCUUGUUUGCUAUUACUUUCACAGAAGCCGUACAAGAAUGCAAGGGGAAAAUGAAAAUCAUGGUGUAAAUAGCAGGAGCAAUGCAGGGCAAAAGGAAGAUAUAGAACUUGAAUUAUUCGACCUAGCUGUGUUAGCUAAAGCCACCAAUGGCUUCUCAUCUGACAACAAGCUGGGAGAAGGUGGUUUUGGGCCUGUUUACAAGGGUACUAUGGAAGAUGGACAACAAAUUGCUGUGAAGAGGCUCUCAAUACGCUCAAGACAAGGAUCAGAUGAGUUCAAAAAUGAAGUAGCACUGAUCGCCAAACUUCAACAUCGGAAUCUUGUAAAGCUUCUUGGAUGCUGCAUCCAAGGAGAGGAGAAAAUGCUGGUGUAUGAAUUUAUGCCGAACAAAAGUCUGAAUUUCUUCAUUUUCGACAGAGCAAGACAUGAGCUACUAGAUUGGCCAAAGCGUUUUCAUAUUAUCAAUGGAGUUGCUCGGGGGCUUGUCUAUCUGCAUCAAGAUUCCAGAUUGAGGAUCAUACACAGAGAUCUUAAAACUAGUAAUAUUCUUCUUGAUAGUGAGAUGAAUCCAAAAAUUUCAGACUUUGGCUUGGCUAAAACUUUUGGAGGAGACCAGACAGAGGGGAAUACAAAUAGAGUGGUUGGAACUUAUGGUUAUAUGGCACCAGAAUACGCUAUCGAUGGGCAAUUCUCAGUAAAAUCAGACGUUUUCAGCUUCGGGGUACUGGUGCUGGAGAUUAUAAGUGGCAAGAAAAAUAAAGGGUUUUACAAUCCAAGCCAUGACCUCAACCUGAUUGGACAUGCUUGGGCACUGUGGAAGAAAGAAAAGCCAAAAGAACUGAUUGAUUCGUUUUUACAAGAGUCAUGCUCUCUGUCCGAAGUGGUGAGGUGCAUCCACAUUGCUCUCUUAUGUGUGCAACAACGUCCUGAUGAUAGACCCAGCAUGUCAUCCGCGGUUCUUAUGCUGGGUAGUGAGAUUGCCCUGGUAGAACCCAAGGAACCCAGUAUCCUGAUGGACAAUAAGUCACUAGAAACAGAUUCUUCUUCAAGCAAUAGUAAAUUGUCAAAUAAUGAUGUUACUAUCUCAACUUUGGAUGGUCGAUAGAGAAAUAUUUAGCUAUAGGUCUUACUCUGUCAUUGUCUUAGCAAAUGUUUGCUCAUCAUGCAGUUUGUACAUUACAUUUCUACAUCCAUGUGUGCGAUAUGAAAGGAUUGGUUGCUCUAUUUCUCAUGUUAAAUUCAGAAGACAGAUCUUGUAGAAAGAUUCCUGAAGAAAAUUUCUGUAUUUUGAA